UCACCAUGUCGGGGGAGGCGCCCCGCGGCUAGGGUUUCAGUCGCGCGCCAGGGCUCCGCUAUAUACAGACGCCACCGCCUCGCGCUUCCCGACUACUCAGCGGGCGCUUGCUGCUGAGGAGUGCUCGCGUGUGCAUGCAGAGCCCCGUCCCGUUUGCUGGCUGGGCGGGGGCGCUGCAGAGGGGGAGGCCUUUCGGGGAGCGUGGGCCAUCCAGAUUGUUCUGUGCCAGUCUGCUUGACUUUUGCCCCAGUCAGUGCCUUUGCUAUGGCAUCUGUGCCUUCAGCUGGCUGCCUCCUGGCCAAGAAUCAGUACUACAGAACUCGAUUGAAUUCUGAAUCCAGUGUUUCAUCAGGUAGUUCAUCCUUCUGUUCUGAUCCCGUGAACUUCUCAGACCAGGAUAAAGCCCAUCAUGGGUUACCUGAAUUAUUUGAUAAAUGCUGGUGGAUAAAAAACUUUUUCCAUUCUGAACCAUCUACUUCUCCAAACGUGAAUGGAAAAACAUUAUCGACCAGCAGUGGUGCAAGUUGACUUUACCUGCAGUGAUGUUACAUAUAUAGAUUCAUUUCUCUAAAGCUCAGGGUCUUUCAGAUGGCUGCAUUCAUCUGUGUGAAGAAAAUAUACUGCUUGAAACUUCACUUCCACGAGAGAAAGUAGAAUUUCAAAAAGAUUUGUCAGUAGCUUAAAUGGUUUUGCUUAGGCAGGCAUAGUUUCUAUCUACGCUGUCCGCUACUGAGUUGUUAACGUUUGAUAAAUCUAU